AUGAAAAGCGCUAUUCUUGAUCCCCUGGAACCUCCAACUUCAAACGGGCUCAUCCCAAAAUCCUUUGCAAAAGACUUAGAAGGCGUAUCUUUUGCUCACAUGGAUACGUUCUAUUCUAAUAUGCUCAACUUCCUUGGUGUCUUUCUGGGCACCAUUUGCUCAUAUAUUCCUUGCAUUUCUUUCCUUUCUUCUCCAUACGUUACGGUAAAUCAAGGAUCAGUUGGGAUCAUUUCAAAAUUCGGGAAAGCGUAUAGGAUUGUUGACCCAGGGCUUUAUUUCAUCAACAAAAUCACCGAAAACAUCAAGAUCGUUGAUGUGACUUUAAGAAUAACAUCCAUCCCCUCCCAAUCUGUCAUUACAAAGGACAAUGUCAGCAUCGAUAUUGACUCGGUCGUAUAUUGGCAUAUUAUUGAUCCAUUCACCGCCGUUUUCCAAGUAGACGAGAUUGUCAAGGCUCUGAUGGAAAGGACAAUGACCACGCUGAAAGAUACUGCUGGCGCAUACGACUUUCAAUCGCUUGUGACGAAUAGAGAAGAUAUAGCCCGUGAAAUUAAAACCAUCAUCGAGCACACUGCCGAUAAAUGGGGCGUGGUUAUUGAGGCGAUUCUUAUCAAGGACCUUAUUCUUAGCAAGGAGAUGCAGGAUUCCAUGGCCUCUGCCGCAAAACAGACAAGAUAUGGAGAAUCCAAGAUCAUCGCGGCCAAAGCUGAAGUCGAGGCAUCUAGACUUAUGAGAGAAGCAUCCGAUAUUUUGAACACACCUGCGGCAAUGCAGAYCCGAUAUCUGGAUACGCUCUCCAGUAUGUCCAAGGCUUCAGGCAGCAAAAUCAUCUUUAUGCCUGUUGAGCAUAAUACCAACUUCACACCCGAGUCCAUCGGAAGUAUGUUGCGAAUCCAAGACGAGGUUGACCAUUAA